UAAUAACGAUUUUGGGGAAGAGACAUCUACUGGAAAGGGCACCACUCAUAAUACUAAUGGUAUAAUAGUACAGAGAACUAUUCCUGAAUGUGAACAAGUAUCUGGGUAUUUGGAACCUACAGCAGGACUUUCACGUGAUAGAAAACGCUCAUUUCAGCCUUCAUCUUCUGGUCUAGUUGCAUAUCGUGGACAAAAGAAAGCCGCACCGCAACAGAUUGGUGAGAGCGUAGUGACAACUAGAUGCAGUUUUGUGGUACAGGAAUAUGCCCGAAAGCUUGACCAGGCCUAUAUUCUCACAAGGAUUCCAGGGGACAACGAAGAAUCUUUUUUUCCUACAUGGACAGGAUUUAAUACAAAGCUGGUGCAAAAUGUUCCCCUUUUAUCAUCUGUAGGAUAUUUGCCUGUAAUUUAUGCAAGCCCUACAAAAAUGGACACAGUCUUGACUGUCCUGGAACGAAGUGUUCAGAUUGCAGAUAAACUCAAGUUGCAGACAAUAGUAAUUGUUUUCGAUCAGGCUAUUUACUCUAAGGCUCAGACAAUACGGUGGCAGACGGAACUAUUUAAAAACAGAACCGUUCUUCGACUUGGUGAAUUCCACACUGCUAUGACUUACUUAGCUUGCAUAGGUAAGUGGUUUGGCGAUGCAGGCCUUCGUGAUAUAAUCAUCGAAGCAGAACUUUGUGCAGAAGGUUCUCUCACUGGGGUGUUAAGUGGACAUCAUUAUAAUCGAAGCGUAAGGUGCCACAAGCUGAUUUAUGAAGCUCUUCAUCGUCUUAGAUGGCAGUCUUUCCUAGAGGAAAUUUCAGAAACUGAUUACAAUCUUGUGAAAAAAGUCAUAUCUGACUUGAAAGAACAUUUCCCUUCGCAUAUGUAUGCAGAAGUUGCUGUCUCACCUGAGUACAACACUGUGUACCAGAAAUAUGUUGGAUUUAUCAAGUCAAAAUCAAAAUGCCCAACUUUCAGGUUCUGGUCUUCUUACCUUGAGAUGAUUGAAAUUCUUCUUCUUUUUCUGCGUGCCACAAAAGAAGGGAACUGGGCAUUGCAUUUGUCUGCUGUCCGUGCCAUGUGUCCAUGGAUGUUAAUCACUAACCGCAACAAAUAUGCCCGAUACUUACCAAUAUAUUAUCUUGAGAUGAUGUCUCUUCAAGAGACCCACCCAGAUGUUCAUAACAUGUUUGUAAAUGGAGAAUUUGUGGUUCAGAGACAAGCACGCUAUGGAUUUUCACAAGUUGCAUGUGAUAUGGCAAUAGAGCAAACGUGCAACAGAGAUACAAAAACGAAAGGUGGAAUGGUAGGAUUCACCCUCAACAAAGGUGCUUCUCAGAGGUGGAUAUUAUCACACCCAGAAAGGGCACAAAUAACAAAGGCAUGCUUUGGGUAUGCUGGGAGAGACUCGCAAGGGCGUGAUAGGAAAGAUCUUGAUAAACCUCAUUCUGUACGAGAAGAAUCAGCCAUUUGUCGCAUUAUUGAGUGUAUGGAAGGUUUUAUAAACCCCUUUUCACGUGAAUCUGAGGAUCUUAUACAUAUUGUUUCAGGAGUCGUAGUUCCCGAAGUAAUUGCCAGUGAUAUUAUGACAGCUGAAGAGAGAGGUAGAUUCUGCUUCACUCAGUUCUGCAAAGAUCGGCUUUUAUCAAACAAGAAAAGUUUUCAUGAUACUAUAAGUAAUUUGAAAUUAAAAUCGUUUUCAAGUGUUGGAAAAAUAAUUAAGACCAAAUGCAGUCAAAAGGAGAUGGAUUUAAAGUCUGGAAGAAAUCUGAUGGCGCGUCUUGCAAUCAUAGGAAGAGAGAGAGGUAUCAAGAUUGAGGAUUUGCUCAAAUACUCUCUUGGCCCUUUGCCCUUGUCGUUGGCAUACACAGACGGAGGCCUAAUGAGGACAUCCAAAGCAAAACUGAUGCAUUACCUCUGCGAAAGUAUACCAUCUUCUAUUGCUAAAGGAUUACCAAGCGAAUCAGUUUGGAUACUAGAUGCAAUGGCUGUUCUACAAAGCAUCAGCAUCAACCACAAUAAGCAUUAA